AUGGUAUGUGAAACAUCAUAUGGCACUGGGAAAAAGGUAUUUUCUCCCGAUCUGAAUCGAGGGAAGUGGGAAAAACCUACGGACUAUAUAUUUGCCUGCGUAGGAUUAGCUAUGAAGAUGGAUGUCUUUGAUUUCAUGUAUUACUUACUUUCGGAUAUGGGCAUUCUUGGAAUAUUGCCGUAUUUUGUGUAUGUGGUCAUUUAUUUGGCUCCAAUCAUAUUCAUACACUCCUUCAUGGGCCAGUUCUCCAGCUGUGGCUUUAUCUCCGCCUUUCGCCUGUCGCCUUUUUUCAAAGGCAUGGGAUACUUGAGCGUUUUUCUGACUCUCUCAAUGCUGAAUUAUUAUAGCAUUUACGCUGCUCUUCCGCUAUUGUUUAUAAUAAACUCUUUCCGACCCACUUUACCCUGGAGUUGUGAAGGUUUAAAAUCUUGGUUUAAUGCGACCUCUGGACGAUCAACAAUAUGCAAUGAGACCAAUAAUGGAGAGCGUUCUAAAAUUAAAAACGCUACAGAUAAGGAACUUCAUGUACCUUCCGUGAUUUUUUUUGACAGUUUCUUUGACGGUUUGCGAGAGAAAGGGGGAAUACCGGAAAUUGAUGAUGCAUAUGAGCUGUCCUGGCAUUUUGUGAUCCUCUUCGCUCUAGUUUGGGCAGUAAUUGCAUUUAUUUUUCAUAAAUUUUCGGAUACAGCGAAGUUUGGAAAAUUUUUACGUUACAUGGUUACUUGCACACUGAUUCUUCUUUUAGUGUGCUUUGUACGCUUUCUUUUUCUCCCAGGAGAUUUAUCGUGGCUAGGCAAAUAUAUAGCUCCAAAACCAAAUAAUUGGGCUUUAGGAACUGCCUCAACAUUUUUCAUCGCUAUACAGGCGUUUGGAGCUGGCUGGGGCAGUGUGAUAGCAUUGUCCAGCUUUAAUGGGUUCAAGACCAACAUAAUGUCGUACAGUUGGAUAAUUUCCAUUGGACAAAUCUUUAUUUUCAUUACGUUUGGCUUGGUUUCCUGUAUGCUGGAACAGCACUUUAGAGGUAAUGGCAAUUUUUUCAAUUCAAAAACUUUCCUAAGCAUUAUAUUCAAAAUUUCAGAGCUUGCUGACGCUUCUGAUAAACGUGUAUUAAACGUUUGGCUGAUGUUUUUGUCCAGUGCCAGUGCUUUAUCCACAAUGGGUUGGCCAAACCUAUGGACUAUAAUUUACUAUACUACGUUAUUAAUGGCUGCUGUUAUUUCGAUAUCGACUCAAAUAUUCACUGUCUUGCAAAGUUUGUUUGACGAGUUCGAGGAUCUUAGAGAGAGAAAAAAUGAGGUUACCUUUGGCCUUAUUGCUGGGCUUGCAUUCUGUUCCAUUUUCUUUUGCACAAAUCAUGGUAUUACAUACUUUUGUUCUUUCUAUUCUGAUGCCGCUAUCUCAAACAUUUUGCUCCAUUUACUGCUUCUUUUCGUGGUUUUGUGGAUCUACGGCCAACAACGUUUUCAGCGGGAUAUUGAGUUUAUGUUGGGACAGCCUUUUGCGACCUGGAAGAUUUACAUACUCCGUUACAUAGCUCCAUGUAUUUUAUUGAUUUGUAUGCCGAUAGGAAUAGGAUGGUCCAUAGAAGAUCAUUCUUACGUCUCAAUGGAGUUCCUUGUGAUGUGCAUUGUUGUGGUGUGGUUACCCACUCUGGCAAUACCUGGCUACGGAUUUUACAUCCUAUCCCAAAACACUGGCAGCUUUUGGGAACGCCUUAGACGCACCUGUCGACCCAUCGAUUGGUAUCCGGUUGAGAUGGAGCAUCGCCAAAAGUACGAAGAUACUGUGGGAAACACUGAGGCUCACCAGCUUGUUGAGGUUACCGAGGAGGUGAACUAAGUAAUAAUAUAAUGACAAUUGUACGAAACAAUUGUAUCGAUAAUAACCAAAAAAAUA